GGUGUAUUUUGAAGGUGAGGAAACUGAGACUUUGAGCGGUUAGGAAACUUGUCCAAAUGUCUAGUGCACUUCUCUAAUAAUAAUACAAUGGAAGAGGAGUCUUAGGGUUAAGUUCUGAUCCUGCAACCAAUUCAUUUAAUCAGUUUUUAUAUGUGUCUUACUAGCUGCAAAAUGAAGAUAAUUCUUCCUCCUUUCUGUAUUAGCAGGUAAGAUAUAAAAGCUAGUUAUAUUCUUAGAUGAUAGCAAUAUUAUUUUUUUUUAUUCUAGAAAUGAGCACAGAAGCAGAACAACAACUUCUCCAUCAUGCCAGAAAUGGCAACACUGAAGAAGUGAGACGUAUACUAGAAACCGUGGAGAAGAAUGAUGUAAUUGCUGACCUUAAUUGCAAAGGAAGAAGUAAGUCUAAUUUUGGCUGGACACCUCUUCAUCUGGCAUGCUAUUUUGGGCAUAGACAAGUGGUCCAGGAUCUGUUGAAGGCGGGUGCAGAAGUAAAUGUGUUAAAUGACAUGGGAGAUACGCCACUUCACCGAGCUGCCUUCACAGGACGAAAGGAGUUGGUAAUGCUUCUCUUGGAAUAUAAUGCUGAUACUACUGUUGUUAAUGGGAGUGGACAGACAGCAAAAGAAGUCACUUAUGACAAAGAAAUUAGAAAUAUGCUUGAAGCUGUCGAAAGGACUCAGCAAAGAAAGCUUGAAGAAUUACUCUUAGCAGCAGCAAGAGAAGGCAGAACAGCAGAACUUACUGCACUGCUCAACAGGCCCAAUCCUCCUGAUGUUAACUGUUCGGAUCAAUUAGGAAAUACACCCUUGCAUUGUGCAGCUUACCGAGCCCAUAAGCAGUGUGCCUUAAAGCUUCUAAAAAGCGGAGCAGAUCCUAGUCGGAAGAACAAAAAUGAUCAGAAACCUCUUGACCUUGCCCAGGGAGCUGAAAUGAAGCACGUACUUGUGGGUAAUAAGGUCAUCUACAAAGCAUUGAAACGAUAUGAAGGCCCUCUCUGGAAGAGCUCAAGAUUUUUUGGCUGGAGAUUAUUCUGGGUAGUGCUAGAACAUGGAGUCCUCUCGUGGUAUCGGAAACAGCCUGAUGCAGUGCAUCACAUUUAUCGCCAGGGAUGCAAACACCUGACUCAAGCAGCAUGCACGGUAAAAUCCAAUGAUAGCUGCCUCUUCUUUAUUAAAUGCUUUGAUGACACUAUUCAUGGCUUCAGGGUUCCUAAGAACAGCCUUCAACAGUCAAGAGAGGAUUGGCUAGAAGCAAUAGAAGACCAUUCUGCUUAUAGCACUCACUACUGUUCCCAGGACCAAUUGACUGAUGAUGAAGAGGAAGAUACGGUUUCUACUGUAGACUUAAAGGAAUCUUUAGAAAAAGCACAAUCAUGUCAACAGAGACUAGAUAGGGAAAUUUCCAGCUUUCUCAAGAUGAUUAAGGAGUGUGACAUGGCUAAAGAAGUGCUUCCAUCAUUUCUUCAGAAAGUUGAAGUUGUCUCUGAAGCGUCCAGAGAAACUUGUGUAGCUUUGAGUGAUUGCCUUAAUCUCUUCACUAAACAAGAAGGGGUGAGGAAUUUUAAAUUGGAACAAGAGCAAGAGAAAAACAAAAUUUUGUCAGAAGCACUGGAGGCUCUGGCCACUGAGCAUCAUGAAUUAGAGCAGUCCCUGGUUAAAGGAUCGCCACCUCUCAGCAUCCUUAGUGAGGACGAGUUCUAUGAUGCACUGUCAGGUAAUUCUAGAAUCCUUCAGUCUGGAGUGUUUGUGAUUUGAAGACCACCCCUAAAUGUAUUCUUAUGGUGGAUGUCUCUUGAGUUUCCUAGAAUGACCAGAUAGAAAUUUAUCAGCAUAGCUCCCAAACUACCCAUUUUUUGUGUCAUGAAGAUUUGAAAUGCAGGUCUCAUCACUGAGUCUGCCUAUAUUGAAGGCUAAUGCUAUGCUAGGAUUGGGGUGCUGUUGAAACAGCACACUUUAAUUUAUUCCUUUGUUUAAUUCAUUUAUUCAUUUAUUAAAUACCUGCUGGUGCCAGGUGCCAUUACAUGUUCUAGGGAUAGAGAGGUGGACAGUUCCUGUCCUCAAAGAGAGGUCUGAGAGUAAAGGAUACAAAUGAGUAAGACUUGGUUGCAGUAUAAUAUGCUAAGUGCCAAAG